CAAAGGGACUAAGUAGUAAUUUACGGUGUGGUAUCCCUUUUGAGUUUGACACAGACGCUGUUCUCACUUCGCUCUGGAGCUCAAACAUCACUACACCAGCACAGGUCUACACAACAUAUAAUCUUUAGUAAACAGCCAUGGGAGAAUUUUUGGCACUUUCACAGUCCGCUAUACUGCUUCCUCAUUCUCGGGUCCAAGCUUGCAACCGAAGGCAGCAUUCCUUUGAUCACUAUCAACCAUUCCCAACAAUGCCCUUAUCCUUGCGUGCUCUAACUAGGUCACCUACAUAUUCCCCACAUAUUUCCUCUCGACAGAACAGAUUCAUGUGGGGGAUCACUGCAGGUGUUGUCUCUGACUCUAGCAUUCCAACCACCUUUGCAGCUGAUUCAGCUGGGAGAGAGUACUCCAUUGCACCAGACUCUGGCGGUGAUGGAAAUGGCCCGAGUGAUGCAAAUGGCAAUGGAGGCGAUGGUGGAAAUAAUGACAAUAAUAACGGUGGUAAUGAAGGGGGAUCGGAUGAUGGCAAGGAGGAUCAUAGCAAACGGAAGGCAGCUCUUUCCAUGUCCCAGAAGUUGACACUGGGCUACGCUUUCUUGGUUGGAGCCGGUGGAGUCAUGGGCUAUUUGAAGAGCGGCAGCCACAAGUCCUUGAUCGCGGGUGGAGUGUCAGCCUCGCUUCUGUAUUAUGUCUACACCGUACUUCCAACAAACCCUGUUUUCGCAUCAUCCGUGGGUUUAGUCCUCUCCGCUGGGCUCUUGGGCGUCAUGGGUUCGCGCUUUAUGAAGUCGAAAAAGGUCUUCCCGGCUGGUGUUGUCUCCUUUGUGUCUCUUGUUAUGAGCGGUGGUUAUUUACAUGGAAUCAUGCGCAGUGUGCAUUAGAAUAGAUGAAGAAGUUGUGGGAUGCUGUCAGGAAGUUGUGGUAGGUAGAGUUCAUGAGUGUGACAAACAUCUAUUUCCAUCUUUUGCCUUCUUGUUUGAACAAGUUUUUGAAUUGUUGUCUGCAUCCCUAAUUAAAUCAACUCAAUAAUAGACUAUUAAAAUAAA